ACCCCCUACAGGAGCUUGCUGGGAAGCGUAGUCCCACGGAUCAAGGCGCGCACUAGCAACGCUUGGCGGGGCCCAAACAUACUACGACUCCCAGAAGCCUGCGGUCUACGUUUCGGCGCCUGGGCUGGACCUGUGGCUUCGGCGUCGCCCGCGCGGCUCGUGCCGAGUUAGGCGCUGGAAUGUGUUGGCGCUCGCGCUCUCUAGCGGGGAAAUGGCGCGAGGGCGGAGGCGGAUUAAAUCCCACAACUUUAUUAUGCAGAAGUUCAGGACGAGUUUCUUCCCAACCCGGCGACGGGAGGGAGGGAGCGAGAGAGGUGCACUUGGCGACCGAGGCGUGGAUUUCUCUCAAGUCCCAUUUUGUCACCGCACCUUUAGUUUCAUUAACUAAAAGGACCGGCAUUGCUAAGGAGGAGCAUUUGUCCUGCCCGCAGGAGGAUGCAGUGGCAUUACAGAGCAGGCUGGCUGCAGAAAUCGGAGCACAGCCUCGCCGUGGAGGAGCUGCAAGCAUUUGCGUUGCUCCACCCGAAAGAGAGAUGUCCGCUUGGAUCUUCCUGCGGCGGGAGUCGCACGCCCAUUAAUGGCAAUAGUGCUUGUCGUGGUCGCCUUCUGGUGGGUGGCGCCGCUUCGUUUGCUUUCUGAAAAUAUCAGCACCUUCCCUUCCUGCCACACCUUUUAGUAAAGUUGCUACUAGGAGGCUGCUGUCAUUUCACGUCCACCGCACUCUUCAGCCUUUCCGAAUACAGUAUGCCUGUGUUUAAUUAUAUUUCUGUGCCUGUUCCAGCUUGCUCCGUGGCCUCUCUUCCGAUGCCCCCACGUCGAGCAGCAGCUCUCCUCCGGAUUGACUAAAACUGUUGCAGAAUUCUUCCCUUUUUAUUCACCACUGGUAAGCACCAUUCUCAAGUCUGCCCCUCCUCCGCCCAUACUGACAACCCUCGGGGGGGGGGAUUUCUUUUCAGCUGCCAUCUUACGUGAAAGGGCGAUCUGUUGAAUUUAGUGGGUCUUUUUAAGUUUGGGUGCUUCCAGACAAGAAUUUGUUGUGGAACUGGCACACGAACAUCUUUGCAGUGUCCGGUGUCAUCAAAACGGCAGCCUGUACCUCAAUAAAUAUGGAAAAUCCAAUAAAUAUUUAUCACCUGUUACACAUCCACAGUCACCGCUGGUGUGAAAAGUCAUCAUUUCUUUUGUUUCAUGGUGGGUGGUUUGUCACAAGUGUGGUGAUGUUUCUGGCAGGUGGUCCAUACUUCUGUUUUGCUCCUUACCUGGGCACGGGGUUUGUUUCCAAUGCCAAACAAAAGACGCUUGUAUCCACCUAUUGCCACAUGCUGAAAGCAUGCCUGGAUUCAAACAACCUGGUUUGGAGGAGCUAUCCUCUCAAGACCUUCACAAUGUGCAAGAUUACCUUGGAGUCUGUCAUCACAGUACAUACACCAGACGUACAAUAAUCCAGUGAUCUUGCACAAGACCUCAUUAUGAUAGGUCACAAUCCCACAAUACAUUUAAACCUUUAAAGCAUACUGCUUCCCCCAAGUAAUCCUGGAAACUCUGGUUUGUUAAGGUUGCUGGGAAUUGUAGUUCUACAAGGGAUAAACUACAAUUCUCAGGAUUCUUUGGGGGAAGCCAUGUGCUUUAAAUGAAUGGUGUGAGUGCGACAAUGAUUUCAAUAUUUCAUUGCAGUUGUGCGUUUCCACCUCCUACUUCAACUCCACCAAAUCAAAUUCCAGAUUGAUGUAGGUAAAUGCCACUUUUUCACAAAACCUCAGUGUUGUUUUUUAAAAAAAUUAAAUGGAUAUUGCCCCCCCCUCCACCCUGCAUCCCUUGAAAGUACAAGCCUAUUGUGAAGCAUGAUAACUAAGGACUAGUUUGCUAUUGUGUAUUUCCGGUGAAUUGCAUAUUUAAAGAUGCAUGUGUAUGGGUACAGAAAUAAAGGGCAGGGCUUUCGGAGGGGAGAGACAAAAACCGCAGCCCAUGUGCAUUCUGUGUGAAGCUCUGCCCAUUGGUGUGAAUGGCAAGCAGUGUCCAUCCCUGGGGUCAGAAGUGCAUGAAAGCUAGUGUGCCAAUCACACACUGAGAAAAACCAGGCCUGAUUGUUUAGACAAUUCAACACAGUUCAGUGCCAGAUGCAUAGCAUCCAGUGUCUGUCAUGAUGGUAAACAUAUAAAAAUGAACUAAAUACUUGGCAACCUAAAUGGUGUUCCCAUAUUCCCAGAAAUCUGUAUAAAGCCCUUUCUGGAAGUAUCCCAUGUGUGCAUGAUAAGAUCUAGUUGUUAGGGUGUGACCCCAAACACAUUUACUAACUAGAGUGUCUCAUUGAACUCAGUAGAACUUGUAAGCAAAUACGCUUAGGAACAUGCUGUCAGGGUGUACCUCAGGUGUGACAUUGACAGUGCCUUUCAGCAUUCUACUGCUGCAUAAUGGAAAGAAACUGAACAGGUGCAUGCCCUGUUACUGUUGGAGAAAGUGUUACCUAUUGAAUUUCUUCUUGUCAGGAGGAAAAGGUGGCUUAAAUCUAACUUGGAAUUGCCCUUGUUUUGAUUCAUGUGUAUGCAAAUACAUUCAAGGAAACAAAAUUGGUUGGGAUAUCUAUUUUCCAAAUCAACAUAUUCUCAGCAAUAACUUCUCUGUUCCUAGACUGUGUAAAUAGCCACACAUUAUCUUGGCAGUGCCCCCAUUCACUUGUUUGUUUUAAAAAGUAUUUUUACUUUGCUCUUCUUCUUUUUUUAAAGGGCUCUUAGAGCAGCUUACAACAAUCAUAAGAAGACAGUCCACACCCUUGAACUUUUAGUCUAAAAGACGCAGCCCAAAAGGAAAAGGGAUCGGGCAGGACAAGGAAAAAACCUAAAUUCAGACACUAUUUCUUAUAAGUGUUAUUUCAAAUAAGUUUGAAUAAGAGCUUUCUUCUAGCAUGUAAGGUUGAAGCAAGCUCCCUGCAGCUGCUCCCUCUCUGGCCAAGGGAUGGGACCAAGUUGGUCUCCACUUUGGCAUGAUGUGGGUGUGUGGGUGUGUAAACAACAGUUUCCCAGUGGACCUUGGUUUCCUGGCCACAUGCCUUUAAAGCUGCACAGUAGGCAGAAAGCAGCAGGUCCUGCUUUUCUUCAGAUACGGCCUAAAGAACAUAGAGCUUUGAUCCAUUUAAGGUGCACAUCCUCAUUCUCUGCCCCCAGGCUGUGCACUUCCUUGUAAGUCUCCCUUUUGCUCUGUUGCCCGCUCCUUUAGGGAUUCGGCUCUUCUGAAGUGCCUUCUUUUAUCGCUUUGUGGAUGUGGCUGCCCUCGGCUUGAAGUUCCAGUUAUAACCCUGCAAACAGUCUCCAUAGGCUCUUGCUCUUCACUCUGUGCUGGCUGUUUCUUCUUUCUUUCUUUUAGCUUUUUCCUCCGUUGGGGCUUGUUCACUGGGGAAGGUUUCUGAGAAUGUGGGGCGUAGCACCCAUCAGGCCACUUACAGGAAGGGGAAGGCUCCUGAGUCAGGGCCAGCUCGGACUGGGUGGGAGCAAUUUCCUAACUUGACAUUGCGUCAUACUGAUUUUUUAAAAACAAAAUAUCCUGAGUGUUUUGUGUCAGCUGGGACCUGGGGAAGGGGCCAGCCCACUGGUUGAAGGAGCUGGGAAAGAAAGAGUGGAGAGGUCCUUAAGGAGGUCCACUCAGAUAAGUCUCCCAUGAGCAACUGUACCCCAGGCCCUCUAAACCUCUCCCUCCUCCAGAAUUAUUCCUGACACGUGAGCUCUGGGUAAAUAUUUGGCCAGUGGGGUCAGGGGGGCUCUGUGCCUUUGCUUCCUGCUGGGAUAGUCCUGUGUGCACAGCCCAGCUGGCAGAUCCAUUUAGCCAAGCUGGGAAGGCUGGUGCUGCCGGUGGGAAUCAUGCAGGCCGUGGGUGCUCUGCUCCUUCUGUUGAGCUGUACCUUCAGCACAGGCCAGCGUUCUCCUCUGAAUGACUUCCAGAAACUAAAAGCGACUAAGCUAGUCCAUUUGUCCUACCAGAGGGUGGAGCAGCCCAAGGCCUUAGAAGAAUGUGCACGGGGUUGUGUCUUGUGGCUUGACUGCAGAGCCUUCCACUACAACUUGCACAGUAAUCGAUGCCAGCUGCUGAAUUUCACCCAAAAUACACCCCACACUCAGUUGCAGAGGAAUGUCCACUAUGACCUCUACCAGAAAAAAGGUUACAUAAGGCCCUGCAUCAUGGGAAAUGGGACAAGCUACAGAGGGAACCAGUCGGUGACUGAGAAGGGGAAAACCUGUCAACAUUGGGGCAAAAAGACUCCACAUGACCACAGGUUUUCCCCAUCACGAUAUAAUGGGUUGGAAGAAAACUAUUGCCGGAAUCCUGAUGAUGAUAAGCAUGGCCCUUGGUGCUACACAACUGACCCUACAACCCGGCACCAAAGCUGUGGCAUCAAGAAAUGUGAAAAUGCUGCGUGUCUGUCAUGUAUCGGAGAGGACUAUCGUGGCUUCGUGGAUCACACUGAGUCUGGCAGAGAGUGCCAACGCUGGGACCUGCAGCACCCGCACAGGCACCCAUACCAGCCAAACAAAUACCCCGAUAAGGACCUAGAUGACAAUUACUGCCGUAAUCCUGACAGUUCCGAGCGUCCUUGGUGUUACACAACAGAUCCAACUAAGGAGCGAGAAUAUUGCCACAUUCGGAAAUGCAUAGAGAAGCGCCGACACCUCCCGUCUACAACCAGCUGCUUCAGAAUGAAAGGAGAAGACUAUCGAGGCAAAGUGAACAUCACUGCAACGGGAAUCCCCUGCCAACGCUGGGACUCUCAGAUGCCUCACCGUCACCAUUUCCUGCCUGAGAAAUAUGAGUGCAAGGGCCUUAAGGAGAAUUAUUGCCGGAAUCCGGAUGGCUCAGAGGCCCCUUGGUGUUUCACUAGCCUCCCCAACAUGAGGACAGCGUUUUGCUUGCAAAUCAAACGCUGUGCUGAGGAUGUGCAGACUGAAGACUGUUAUCAUGGAAAUGGAGUUGAAUUUCGAGGCACCGUUAGUAAAACCCGGAAGGGAAUCACUUGCCAGAAGUGGAAAGAGCAGUCACCUCACAAACCACAGGUCUUCCCUGUCAUGUUCCCCACUGUGCAUCUUGAAGAAAAUUAUUGCCGCAACCCUGACAAUGACAGCCAUGGCCCCUGGUGCUACACCAUGGAUCAGAAAACUCAGUUUGAUUACUGUGCUAUUAAGCCAUGUGCCGGUGACAAUAAGCUGUCCAACUUGCUGAACCCGGAUAACGUGGUCUUUGACCAAUGUGGCAGGAGGGACGAACGAGUGCAGCUUCGGGCUCGUAUUGUGGGCGGGCGACCUGGGAACUCGCCUUGGACGGUCAGCAUCCGCAAUCGGGAAUUAGUCCACUUUUGUGGAGGAUCGUUGGUGAAUGAGCAGUGGGUCAUUAGCACACGCCAGUGCUUCUCUUCCUGUGAAGCUGACUUGUCUGGUUAUGAAGUCUGGCUUGGGACACUCUUUAGGAACCCUGGUCCCAACGACCCUGACAAACAGGCCAUUCCCAUCUCCAAGAUUGUGUGUGGCCCCUCCGAGUCUCUUCUGGUGAUGCUGAAACUGGAGAGGCCAGCAAUUCUGAAUCAGCGUGUGGCACUGAUCUGUCUCCCCCCUGAGCGUUACAUUGUGCCUGCGAACACCGUAUGUGAGAUUGCAGGAUGGGGAGACACCAGAGGCACUGGUAAUGAAAAUGUCCUCAAUGUGGCCAAGCUGCCAAUCAUGAGCAACCAAGACUGCAAUGUGGCUCUUCGAGGCCGUGUGAAGGAGAGUGAAUUGUGCACAGCGCCCUUGAACGUACCUGUGGGAGCCUGUGAGCGUGACUUUGGAGGCCCCUUGGCUUGCUUGACUCAUGACUGCUGGGUGUUGGAAGGUGUGAUCACCCCCAACCGCGUUUGCGCUCACAAAGAGAAGCCUGCCACUUUCAUCCGUGUCUCCCUUUAUGUUGACUGGAUCAACAAAGUAAUGAAGUUGAGCUGAGCUGUGUGGCUGGAACCAACUCAUCAUGAAGCCUUCCUUCCUCCACAAUCACCAUCCUUGAGAUCUGAGGUCCUUUAAUAAGGAUCAGUGUUGCCAAAUGGGAGGACAUUUUCCAAGACAGGCUGUGAACUUUGGGGGAACUUUGUGCUGAGCCUGCCCUUUUGGAGCACAUAGGCGAUGCUUUUGAAACAAAUGCUGCCAUAACCCAGACACACUUUUCUUCUCCUUCUACAGGAAUAGCUGUCAUCAUGGGAUCACAGGUAUAUCAAUAGAACAAAACACCACCAAACCGAUACAGUAGUAAUUUGUUUGAAUGCAUCGCAGCACAGUCCCAUGUACCACAGAAUUGUAGAGUCGGAAGGGACCACAAGGAUCAUCUAGUCCAACCCCUGCAAAGCAGGAAUCUUUUUGCCCAAUGUGGGACUCAAACACACAACCCUGAGAUUCAGAGUCUCGUGCUCUACAACCUGAGCUAAUUUAAAAAUCAUUUCGAGUCAGGCUACUACAUUGGUUUAUGUACCUUCCAUACAGAAACACACACUUUCAGAAGGUUUGAACAAAUAAUAUUGGUGUCAUGCUCUCUCCAGCAGCAACCCCAUUGCAGUAGCUCUUUACACACUUUCCCAUCUCUUUGAAGGAAGGUUCCUUCUCUCCUUCCCAGGGAUUGUCAUAUAGGCUGAGGCCACACUGCAGGCUCCAUGUCACUGCAUCCCCUGCUAAGCAAGGCACCGGGUUUCCUAAGAACUUCCAUCUGUCUAUCUUUCUUGUUACAAAAUAAGCUUCCAUAUUGUUGGUAUUAUUAUUAUAUCAUUAAAAAAACUUUGUAAUAAAUUAAUAGUAAUAAUUCA